AAACUUAAAACUCCUAUUGUUUGUUUCGACUGUAAGAAUCUGGAGGCUUACAAAAGAGAAACUUGGAGCCAUUCUGUACCAAUAGAAAAAAACCAUGUUUCUCUUAAUCUUUGGUUACUAGCUCCGAUAUUUAUUCUUAACUGCAAAAAUCAACCAACCCCCUUUACAUUUUUCUCCCACCUCUCCAAUUUCUAAGGCACCCUUUAACUAACAUGAGUUGGUUAUGUCCAUCUUUGGUUCUUGUACUUCUAAUUUUUCAAGGACCAAUUUGCACUUGUUCAUCAAUUUCUGAUCUUUUUGAAAGUUGGUGUCAGCAAAAUGGAAAGACAUAUUCUUCUGAACAAGAAAGGGUGUACAGACUCGAGGUGUUUGAAGAAAAUUAUGCUUAUAUUAUAGAGCAUAAUAGUAAGGGGAAUUCCACUUAUACCCUUAAUCUCAAUGCCUUUUCUGAUCUCACUCACCAUGAAUUCAAGAACUCUUUUUUGGGUUUGUCCUCUUCUGCUAAUGAUUUUAUUAGAUUGAAAACUGGGUCGUCUUCUGCUGGAGUUUUUAAUGAUGUUGGUGUUGUUGAUAUUCCUUCUUCUUUGGAUUGGAGAGAGAAAGGAGCUGUUACUAAAGUCAAGAAUCAAGGCAGUUGUGGUGCUUGCUGGUCAUUCUCAGCCACUGGAGCAAUCGAAGGUAUCAAUAAGAUUGUCACUGGAUCUCUUGUAAGUCUCUCUGAGCAGGAGUUAAUUGAUUGCGACAAAAGUUACAAUGACGGCUGUGGAGGUGGAUUGAUGGACUAUGCUUUUGAAUUUGUCAAAAAGAAUGGUGGUAUUGACACUGAAGAGGAUUACCCCUUUAAUGAAAGAGAAGGAACAUGCAACAAAAACAAGCUACAAAGACGUGUUGUAACCAUUGAUGGAUAUACUGAUGUUCCCCAAUAUGAUGAGGACAAGCUUCUAAAGGCGGUGGCAAAUCAACCCGUGAGUGUUGGGAUAUGCGGCAGUGAGAGAGCAUUUCAAUCAUAUUCAAAGGGGAUAUUCACUGGACCGUGUUCUACAGUACUUGAUCAUGCGGUACUGAUUGUGGGCUAUGGUUCUGAAAAUGGAGUUGAUUACUGGAUUAUAAAAAAUUCAUGGGGAACAAGCUGGGGAAUAAAUGGUUAUAUGCACAUGCAGCGUAAUAGUGGGAAUCAAGAAGGGAUAUGUGGGAUCAAUAAGCUAGCUUCAUAUCCAACUAAGAGUAGCCCAAAUCCACCAUCUCCUCCAUCUCCUGGUCCAAGCAAAUGCAGUAUGUUUACCUCAUGUGGUCAAGGUGAAACCUGCUGCUGUGGGUGGAGGCUUCUUGGAGUUUGCGUUUCUUGGAAAUGUUGUGGGUUGGAUUCUGCAGUGUGUUGCAAAGAUGGACGCCACUGUUGCCCACAUGAUUAUCCUAUUUGUGACACAAGUCGGAACCUCUGCCUCAAGCGAAUGAGCAAUGCAACUAUAGUGCAACAGCCUCAGAAGGAAGCAUUUUCUGGGAAGUUCGGAGGUCUCAUUUACCCUUUCUAGGUGUAGGAGCUUGCCACAGCAUCAUUAUCUUUUAGCCAUAUUCAUGAUGUUGUGAGUUUAGAGCACGGAAAUGUUUAGCUCGGUAAUUACACUAUGUGGGGUACACAUCUACCCCUUAGUAAGUAGGUAUAUAUUUUGUUGUUGCUAAAUAUAAUAUUGUCAGUGCAAAAUCUGAUAUUGUCGCUGGUGGUCAGAUAUAAUUCCCACUGUAACUCUUGCAUCACGUUAUCAGCUUGUAUUUUAGUAGUAUUUCAGAUUUCAGAUGAUGACCUUGUUAUCACCAUGUUACUAUAUUAUUCUGUUAAAAAAUUAGUAGUUGAA